AUGAUGAAAACGGGACGAAUCGUCGAAGAAUCUGUUCAGAUGAUUGGAUCUGUACACAGUUUCAAACUGGAAGGCCAGAAGAACAGCCGACCGCAUUUCUCGCACGCAAGUAUACCUGAAACAAAAGUCUUAACACCGGUGCAAGGCGGAAGAGUCGGUGAACGACGUGCCAGCAGUCCUUUCCAAAAUGGUCAAACAGAAGUCCUGAUCGGAGAACUGGAGGGCGGCCCAAGGUCGCCGCGGGGAUCCACCUCUUCGGCAGUGAACGACGCCAAUUUCCUCAAUCCGCCGGAUGAACGUGACGAUCAGAAGCCCAUUUACAGGUCCCGAAGGCGUAGCGGCAGUGGCGUGACGGACAUACACUCGCAGCAACAGCAGCAGCAGCAGCAGCAGCUGCAGGAGAACAACAACAGCAGCUCGCGGGACGCGAAGAAGCCGCAGGAGGGGCUGGGUCCCGAUGAGAUGUGGGCCCCUGGCGGGCUAGGGCCUCACCGGGAGCUACCAGUCGACGUGCCCGACACCCUUCUCCAGAAGGCUUACCCCAACAAGGUAAAGAACAACCACCACUCGUCCGACUAUCGGCACGAGAUACGUGGUGGUCGUCCCCGUAGCGCUAGCGAUCUCGACCUCUCCCUGAACCUUAAAAACGACACCCUUAAAUCGUCGUGCGCGGUUAACCUGGCCGACGAGCGCGCCCGAGUCGACGCCACGACGGACGUGGUGACGUCGUCCGUCGGCAGGCAGUGCGCACGAACGAACGGUCAGCCGCCGAUGCUGAAGAUCGAGCUGAAGAUCGAGCCGAAGGACAGCAACCUCGAGGGCGAGGACGAGUGCGACCGAGUGAACAACAGAGAGGAAGUAUUGAACAGGAGGAGCCCGUCCGCGUUUGGAUCGCCGGAUCUGAAGAAUCCGUUGAGGGACUUUGAGGAGGAGGAGGAGGAGGAGGAGGAAGAGGAGGAAGAAGAGGAAGAGGAGGAGGAAGGUGUGAACGAAGACAUGACGAGGCAGAAGGAGUCCUGCGUGGACAUCGAGGAGGAUUACCCGUUCGCGAAGGAGGACUAUCCGACCAUGUUGAAGACUUGCAGCGACGACUCGGCCAGCCCGAGGAGCUCCUCGGGGAGGUCGGACAGCACCGCUCCCUUGGACAGCAGCUUGGUGCUGAGACACGGGAAAAGUCGCGGCAAAGACUCCCCGACGUACGACGCCAAGAGGAUAGAUCUCGGUUCACCGUGUCGAUCGGUGGUCCCGGAGAUCAAAGUGGCGCCUCUGUUCGGCAGGACAAGAGACACCACGUCUUUCGACAAUCCCGCAUACGGGCUGGCCGACCUACAGGAUCUGCAGGGUCUUCUCAUGAGGUCCGACGAAGUCUCCGAUCUGACCAGGCUCAUCGACGAACAGUGUACGAUGCCGAGGAUCCCACGCGAUCAAGACACGACAGUGUCGUCGUUCGUCGCUCGUGGCAAGGAUCAGCAGCAUCAACAACGUGGCAACGAGUUGCUGAAGUCCGAGUCGAGCAAAUCUCCGUCCGGCAAGUCGUCCAAGUCGCUGUCGUCGAAAGCGCCGCGGCGUCAGACAGGCGAGGACAGACAGGCGAAGCAAAAAGGGAAAACGAGGAGCCUGGACGUCGAGGAGCUGAUAAGAAUGGGGUCCAGCGACGAUCUCGUGGGCAUCGAGUCCGGCAGCAGCCUCUCCUCGUCCUCGAGGCAACGACCCAAGAAGAAGAGGCACCAGCAGAUCUCCAGCGGCUACUCGACCCUGAGGAGCGAGGCGUCGACCGAUCUCGAGCUCGUUGACCGUAGCUUUCUGGUCCUCGGCGGUAAAACCUACCGCGAGAUGGCCGUCGACUGCCCGCCCGAUUUCGUCCCCGUGACCAAGUGCCACCCUGUCUAUCCUCCGCCGAACAAAACGCCCGCAAGCAGCAAGCACAACACUCUCGAGUCGAGGCGCGAGCGUAACGGGACUCUCGGCAGGGAUAGCAGCUCGGUUGGUUCGACGGUCCCCGGGGACGACGUGUGCGCCACGACGAGCAUCGUCGCCUCCUCCUCUCCUUGCCACGCACGAUCGAACGACAUGAUUGUUGUUAGUAGUUUCGCCACGCUGCCGGCCAGCGGCGACGAGAGUAUCGCCGAUGCUACGGAGAACGUAGUAAUUGCUAGUAGGUCGCCUCGUACGCUAGACCGAAAGCACGAGAGGAAGACCGGUCUGAACGGGGUGAAACCAGCCAUCCCCCCGAGAGAUCAAAAGAGGGCACCCGCCAGACCCCCGAAAGAUAAUCUACGUUUGUCCACGCAGAACAAUAAUGUGGAGAGCACCGAUAACGCGAACGCCGAGCCCACGCAACAGCAACUGCACUCCAUCAGAAAAUAUCAGGAGCAGCUGCGGAAACGAAAGGACGAGGAGGAGAGACAGGAGAUACUCAAUCGGUCGUUGCGCGACUCGACCAAGUUGCACGCGUUGGAGAGCCACGCGACCAGUCUCUCGGGUCAGGAAAAUCUCGCGUACUCCCAAGACGAGGUGACCACCACCGUGGUCGGCCGUGGGACGCACGUAACCGCGAGCCCAGCGCAAGAAGUCGAGGAGCCUCCCAGGCCCCUCACGUACGGAGAGGUCGUCGCAACACUGGAGAGGCUGCAGCUACAGUUGCGCAACAUUUCCGGCGCUCUGGGCAUCUCUGGACCCGGCGUAGAAGCUGAACUCGAAGCGGUGCGGACGCUUUUGGUCCAGACUCGAUUCGCGUCUGCCCUGGCCACCCAUCACGCCCUCAGGAACCGCUUGAAACCGAACAAAGUUCUCAAGCAUCAUGCCGAGGAUGCUUCCAGCUUGUCCCGCGACUGUGUAGAGAUCCUGGAGAAAUGGCAGUCGUCAUCAACAGCAACAGGUGUUGGCGGCGCGGAAACGAUGGCCGCGGUGGAGGAGCUGACCGGUAUUUUGACGAACUACGACAUGGAGGCACUUCUACUCGCCCACGACUCGAUCAUCUCUUACGUCGACGGGCUGCAAAGGAAACAGAGUCCGUCGUCGUCGUCGCCAAGCGGCCCUCCGAGCCCUGCCUCCAGCUGGAGGGGCUCUCGGGUCGUAGAUAACAUUAAAAUUAUCAGAAUCGAGAAGACUAACGAACCCCUGGGUGCUACGGUUAGGAACGAGGGUGACGCCGUUAUAAUAGGUCGUGUGGUGCGUGGAGGGGCGGCAGACAAGUCUGGACUCCUGCACGAAGGUGACGAAGUUCUGGAGGUGAACGGUGUGGAGAUGCGUGGCAAGAGCGUGAACGAGGUGUGUGAUAUUCUGGCCGGUAUGCAGGGUAGUCUGACCUUCCUCGUGCUCCCAGCACCCAUGAAUCACAGGAAUAAUUUGUCCAACCGAAGAGAAGACACCAAUCAGAUACAACACAUACGAGCCCACUUCGACUAUGAUCCGGAGGAAGAUCCUUAUAUUCCGUGCCGAGAAUUGGGUGUCAGUUUUCAAAAGGGUGACGUGUUACACGUGAUCUCUCAAGAGGAUCCCAAUUGGUGGCAGGCGUAUCGAGAGGGUGAAGAGGAUCAAACACUCGCUGGUCUGAUACCUAGUAAAGCCUUCCAGCACCAGCGGGAAUCCAUGAAGCAGACUAUCGCCGGUGACAAAUCGACCGUACGCGGUUCGAAGAAAUCCAGUACGUUGUUGUGCGCGAGAAAGAAUCCAAAGAAGAAGAAACGGAACAAGUUCGGGGCGAACUACAACGACGACGGGUAUCCACAUUACGCAACGACUGCCAUCGACGAUUAUGACAGCGAAGAGGUGCUCACGUAUGAGGAAGUCGCGUUAUACUAUCCGAGGGCGAAUCACAAGAGACCAAUAGUCCUGAUAGGGCCUCCAAACAUUGGCCGACACGAGUUGAGGCAGAGGUUGAUGCAAGACAGCGAACGUUUUGCAGCUGCAAUUCCUCACACGAGUCGCCCGAGGAAGGAUUCUGAAGUGGACGGCCAGGACUACCAUUUCAUCUCUCGUUCCCAGUUCGAGUCGGACAUCCUCUGUCGAAAGUUCGUCGAACACGGUGAAUACGAGAAAGCCUACUACGGCACCUCCGUGGAGGCAAUACGGUCCGUCGUGAACUCCGGUAAAAUCUGUGUUCUUAAUCUCCAUCCGCAAAGCCUGAAGAUCCUUCGAAAUUCGGACUUGAAGCCGUACGUAGUGUUCGUUGCGCCGCCGAGCUUGGAGAAACUCCGUCAAAAGAGGAUCAAGAAUAACGAGAGUUUCAAGGAGGAGGAGCUGAAGGACAUUAUCGAGAAAGCGCGAGAAAUGGAGGACAAGUACGGCCAUCUGUUCGACAUGAUCAUCAUAAACACCGACACUGAUCGGGCGUACAAUCAGCUGCUGACGGAGAUCAACUCGCUGGAGAGGGAGCCUCAGUGGGUGCCUGCGUCUUGGGUUCAGUAAAGAAAAAAAGGAGCGAGACUUCCUUCGGGACACCGUCGAGCCAGUUUGUUUGUUUUCUUCGCUGGAGCGUAAAGCGAUAGGCGAGCAAUUGAAAGAGAAAGGGAGGCGAUUUUAAAGUCUGACUGGAAAUGAAGACUUCCAGGGACUGGUUCUUUUACUGGGUGCCUGUUAUACAAUUUCACGUUUCGUACACGCGCGCAAAUGAAACUUCUAGCCAGGCUAUCGUACUUCAAGUACCGCUGUGGUUUGACGUAGUCUUCCGUGUCGUAUAUGGUGCCAUCUGGCGAUCCGAAGAUCGUCGCGCCAGCAAGCGCGUUCCCAGAGGGCGUUGAAAAUCCCCAUCUCGUUGCGACUUUUCGCUUCAGCUCUGGCGUCCGCCCGGAGGCACGGCAACGCGGGAACAUCGGGAUUCGGCGACUUUGAAAUUGAAUCUCGAAGGAUCCAAUCCCUCGACCGACUAGCGUUGCUCUCGUUUUUUUCUUUCUUUUUUUUUUUUUUUUUCAUCGUCUCAGCAACACUCUAGUUUUCCUGCGCGUAAUUUGUACCAAACAUGAGAUGCCCCGAGGAAUGAUCGCUACUACCCCGCAUAAGAUACAUAUUAUAUAUAUAUACAUAAUUAUAUAUAUACAUUUCCAAAGAUGCGUGAAUCUUGAAAGAGAUCGUCCUACUUCUUUAAAAAAUCACCGGAUAUCUAUCGUUCAGGAUAACACCGAGCCGCGAAAAAUUAAAAAGAAAAAAAGAAAAGAACAAACCAGAAGCGUGAAGAUCUUGGACGGCAGUAGCCUUAUUCACUUCGCAAUUGAAUCGAAAGACUUUCUCACGCGCUCGUCCCUUGCGAACACGUCACAUAAUUUUCACAGCGAACCUGCAGCGACGGGAGACGCGUCCCUGCUCGCUGAAUUUUUUAAGCCAAAAACGGGAAAAAAAAAAAAUAUUUCGCAGGACCCUUGCAAGUUGUUAAAGACGAUUAACAUAAAAGAAACCACGUUUCCUCGUAUUCGUAAUUUCGUGUGAACUAGUAAGGGAGACGGAGAACUCAUAAACGUUUCAUCGUUCGCCCUAGGUACCCUCUCGUGUUUGUUUAGAGAAAAGAAUCAUAACCUCUAAUCCAAGUAGACCUCGUUAAUGCGAAAUAUAGACUUAGGCUCGUGUGUGAACCAGCGUAAAACAAAUUUUUAAGACACACUUUGGAGAACGAGACACGGACUCUAGGGAUUCGUCUUUUUAUUUUCGUCCUCGAAACGAGACCGUUAGACUUUUCUUCUUCUUUUUUUUUUUUUUUUCCUCCAGUUCGACAUCAGUACUCCAUGUCAGCCAUGUUACCACCCACGUGCAUCCUCUUUACUCGACUAGCAAUAACGCGACAUCUACUUCGAGUCGAAGAUUCUCGCUAAAAAGAAAAAAAAUGAAACAUGGUUUCGUGGCUCCAGGGAAAAACAAGGAAAAUUCUAAAAAAAAAAAAAAAAAAGAGAGAAGAGUCGAGCGAGAAGAAUUUAAUAAAAAUCGCAUCGGCGAUCGAUCGUUUUUUAGUUUCAGCGAGGAGAAACUUUUUUCCGAGUGUAGUUUAAUUUCGAUGUCGUAAACCCAGCUAGCAGCGAAAAAAAAAGAAAAAAAGAAAAAAAAGAGAAUGUUUCCAAGUGAAAGAAACGCGAAAAAAAAGAGAUACUAAUUGCUACCUUUUUAGUCCACUAUUUAAAAAAAAAAAAGGAAAAAAAAUUACGUUAAGAAAUCACGCACGAUGGUCGGAGUAAUUGUGCCAAGUGAUUGGGCCGCGUGUUAAGGAGGACACGAGAACUGAAAUGUGCCAAAAUAUAUUUGAGUCCCCUCAGUAGGAGACCGAAGAGAAUUUUGUUCAGGGAAGACGUAUUAUACAAUUAAAAUUAAAAAAAGAAAAAAACAAAAAAAAAAGGGGAAAAACAAGAAAAAAAAUGACACACAGAGAAGACAGUGAUGGAGGAGGGCAAGAGGUUAGAAGAAACACGCUCAACAGGCACUUUCGUAUCUGUCAUUAUAUUGAUUCUGUAAAUAUUUGUGCACUUGUAUAGAGAGAAAAGAAGAAAGAGACGAGAAGAUAAAUAAGAAGUUUUUGUGUCGUUAUUAUUAUUAUUAUUAUUAUAAUUGUAUUAUUACUAUUACCAUUAAUUACUUGGACUUUAAUUUUCGUUAAUUGAUUGUCAUCGUAUCACCCGCUACUCUAGUUUUCUCGCGCCAUUUUUGAGACACAGGACACAGUUUUAUGCGAACAAAGGUCAGUAACACGAUUAUGUACUUGUUAAGUGAUUAAUCAAAAAUCCUCGACGACGGGGUCUUCUUUCUUUAUUCAUUGUUUAUGUUUUUUUUUUCUUUUUUCGCUGGGUUCGCGAACCGUGCUCGAGUAGUGAGGCGUCGUUAAUGCGUUAUGCCUGAAAACCGGAUUAGGAUUUCCGUAGAUAAUGCGUUAACAAAGCGCGUGCUAUGUACAGAGAAAGUAAGAGAGGGAGAGAGAGAAAGUGUGAGCGCGGAAUGAUACCUGUUCGAAGUAUGUGUACAUUAAUUACUGUUGCUCCCGAGUAUUUUUCUCGACAAUCCAAUUUCAUUUUAUGUGUAAAAUAAACGUACAACUUCAAAGAGGAGAUCAGUAUAAAUGCGUGCAUACGUUUUGUAUAUACGUACGGUAUAUACGCACACACACAAACAUACAUACUUACAUACAUACACACAACACAUGUAUCGUAAGAGUCGAACGAGAACCGAAUAUCAAAAAAACCGACCAUUGUUGUUAA